AUGGAAGACUACUUGAAGAUAGAGAAAAUCGGAGAAGGUACAUAUGGGGUGGUGUACAAAGGUAGGCAUAAAUCCACAGGUCAGGUGGUCGCCAUGAAGAAGAUUCGCCUCGAGAGUGAAGAAGAGGGAGUGCCUAGCACUGCUGUCCGUGAGAUCUCCCUCCUCAAGGAGCUGCAGCACCCCAAUGUUGUACGUCUUCUAGAUGUGUUGAUGCAGGAGUCCAAGCUUUACCUGGUUUUUGAAUUUCUCUCUAUGGACCUAAAGAAAUACCUGGACUCCAUUCCCUCUGGCCAGUACAUGGAUCCUAUGCUUGUAAAGAGUUAUCUAUACCAGAUCCUGGAGGGAAUCCUGUUCUGCCACUGUAGGAGAGUUCUCCAUCGGGACCUGAAGCCGCAGAACCUCCUGAUUGACAACAAAGGCGUGAUCAAACUGGCAGACUUUGGGCUCGCCCGGGCUUUUGGCGUUCCAGUCAGGGUCUAUACACAUGAGGUGGUGACUCUGUGGUACAGAGCUCCAGAGGUUCUGUUGGGAGCUUCUCGUUACUCUACUCCAGUGGAUAUGUGGAGUAUUGGAACCAUCUUUGCUGAACUUGCCACCAAGAAGCCGCUCUUCCACGGCGACUCCGAGAUUGAUCAGCUCUUCCGGAUAUUCAGGACUCUGGGUACACCAAACAAUGAUGUCUGGCCUGAUGUGGAGUCGCUGCCUGAUUAUAAGAACACAUUCCCUAAAUGGAAGUCAGGCAACCUGUCAACAAUGGUGAAAAAUCUGGACAAAAAUGGCAUUGACUUGCUGGGGAAAAUGCUGAUCUAUGACCCACCCAAGAGGAUUUCAGCUCGUCAGGCCAUGACCCAUCCUUACUUUGAUGACCUAGAUAAAAGCACCUUACCAGCCAGCAACCUCAAGAUCUAA